CUGCAGAGACGGAAGCGGCUUCACGCCCGGGCGGAAGUGUGGCGAGGAGGCGGAAGUGGGCUGCCGGUGGGCUGAGCGCGAACAUGUCGGCCUCGCUGCUGCGGCGGGGACUGGAGCUGCUGGAGGCGCCGGGCCAGGGAAAGGCCCCGCCGGGACUGCGGCAGGAGCGGGCCGGCCCCAGGGCUGCGGGCGCUGCGGGGCGGAGGAAGGCGGCGGCGGAGCCCCGGAGGAACAAAGCUACGGUCAAGGGCAGAGUCGUGAAGUCGGCGAUAGAGGAGUAUCAUAAGAAGAAAGCCGUGAACCACCUGAGUGAAAACCUACAGUACAUGCUGAAGAGACGACUUGUUGCAGACAAAGCCAUCACAGAACAAGUUCUUGCACAGAUCAGAGGCAGGAAGUCCAAAGAUCAGCCUCCAAAGAAGGUGGCAAAGAAGAAGCCUCAGGGCACCGUCUUUACUGAGGAAGAUUUCCGUAAAUUUGAGAGAGAAUACUUUGGGAGACCAUAAACAACGCGACAGCGAUUCUCACAGCUCCAGUCUUUCUGCAGCCGAGUGCUCAACACACAGGACUGACCAUUUCCUCAGCAUGUCCGAGACAGGACACAGGACGCUUGUGUCUGUCAGCCAGAGCUUUAAUGUCACACUUGCAGAGCAGCUCUGCAUCUGUGCAGAACUUGUGACUGGCCAGCUCGUGCCAUGGAGGUUCUCUUCGCUCUGAGAUGUGUUGUCUUUAUAAUUAUCUCCCUUCAGCCAGUAUGUCUUGCAUUCUUAAUGCAGAAGGGUGAACCAAGCCAAAUAUAAAUCUUGUUCCCCUUCCUCAGGAUGUAAGGCUUCUGCUACCUGUGUAAUUUGGCAGGGAGCUUUAAAGUACUGUAUCUGAAUGGAGAACCGUUUCAGGCCACCAGUGCUAGAUCAUCAGAAGGGAAGGAUGCUUUGAAAGACUGUUAAACCGGAGUAGCCCUGCAGUUUUUAUUUUUGUUACUGCCUCCGUUGGGUUUUCAGUCAUUUUGUAUAUGUCAUUUGAUUAAAUAAUUGUUGCAGGCACUGCCUGGUUUUGCCUUUGUAAUAGUCAUUAUGAUGACAGGCUACAACUGAUGAAGAUAAAUGGUGUCACUGUUCUGAUCGAA